AUGGCCGAAGAAGAAUUAGGACUUUCAGAAUGUGGCCCAACAUGGCACAACCUUCUAGGGUCCAAAAACUGGGAAGACCUUCUAGACCCACUCAAUGAUGAUCUCCGUCGUCUGAUCAUCCGGUGUGGUGACUUCUGCCAAGUCACCUACGACACCUUCAUCAACGAUCCUAACUCUGCCUACUGUGGCUGCAGCCGCUACGCCAUGUCAAACCUCCUCUGCAAGACUGGCUUCCCAGGUGGUGGGCAGAAAUAUGAUGUUGUUGGCUUCCUUUAUACCACAGCUCGGAUUAGUGUUCCUGAGGCCUCUCUUCUAAAGUCGUUGUCACGUGAGAGGUGGGAUAGGGAGUCAAACUGGAUGGGAUAUAUUGCAGUUUCUAAUGAUGAGGUGAGUAGGGAAAUGGGGAGGAGAGAGAUUUAUGUGGCGUGGAGAGGAACUACCAGAAGUUACGAGUGGAUUGAUGUUCUUGGAGCUAAGCUGCAAUCUGCCAAGCCCCUCCUACGGGAAGGAGCUCUUGAUUCAGUUGUUAAUGACAGACUAACACUGUCAGACUGUUUACAGAGAUAUUCAUGA